GUGUCUCACUCCCAGUUUUAUUAAAACGUCUACAGGAACACAGGAUCAACAUGACAUCUGUGCUGUUAAUAUUGCUACUUGUACCAGCAGCAGUGCUGUGUUACAACUGUAAUGGUCGGACGGAUGGUAACUAUGAGAUUGGUUGCCGGUCUUACCUGAUUUGUAACGGGGGUACUCCUGCCAUACACGACUGUCCCAGAAACGACACAUACACCAUGGUCUACAACAACCAGACAGGGCAGUGCGAUGAUCCAUCCAAUGUGAUGCAUCCCUGUGGAGUGGUGAGGGACUGUCUCGGUGUUAAGGACGGUCGGUACCCGGAUGAAGAGGAGCACUGUAGAUCCUUUUACACGUGUUACGCAGGCAAAUUCCUUGGCCACAAUUUCUGUCCAUCACAUCUUGUUUUCGAUUCUGCAGAAGGUACGUGCAACUGGGAGAAUGCAGUUGCGAAACCCUGCGGCUCCAAGGUCGCGGCAACACCUUAUGAACUCAACGUGGCGCCACCGUGUGGCCAGCAGAAGGAUUGUACCAACAAGGGGGACAGAAGCUAUGCUGACAAAGACAACAGUUGUCUUAGUUACUACACGUGUAACAGGGACACUUUCUUUGGUCACAACAAAUGUUCGCCAGUACUAGAUAAAAUACGUGAUCAAGAGGGCUGUGGUCAUUGUUACAUUGCAAUAGACAACAUGGCGGUCGCAUUUGUUCUUCUGUCGAUCUUCGUCACCGCAGGCAUGGGCUACCAAUGUGGUCCAGGCGUCACCGAGAAUGUAGAAAUUGGAUGCCGGACCUACUACAAAUGUACGAAUGGUGUUGGUGCAGUGGUUACAUGCGCCAAUCUUGGAGCCGGGUUUGUUUAUAAUUCAGCGACUCGGCAAUGUGAUGAUCCAAUUAAUGUGGCGCCCCCAUGUGGCCAGCAGAAAGAUUGUAGCAACCUGGCGAACGGACGAUAUGCAGACAAAGACAACAAUUGCAGUAGUUACUAUACGUGCAAUACGGGUACUUUCUUCGGACAUUCACUGUGCGCCGGGUCCCUGGUGUUUGACGAGGCCAAACAGACAUGUAACUGGCCAAAUAAUGUACUGCCACCCUGUGGGACCAAUGGGACAAGUUCACCUUAAGGCCACAGAACUUCCGGUCACCUCACAGUGACACGUGAAUGUUGUUAACAUAUAUUGUGAGCUGCACUUCUAAUAAAGUAACUUAACUAUUGAAA